UUUACACUCACAGGCUGACUUCCAGACUUUGUGUUUCCCUUUUGGCGCCUUCUAGAUCUGAAAGUUCAUAGUUACUAUUGAUAAUCCAAAGCUCCGAGCUUCAACUACGACUACCUACCUACUAGGUACCUAGUAGUUCAUUCUUAUCGUUCCUUACCUACCUACUUAUGUAGUACUAAUAUGCAACGGAGGAAGACACUCGAACUCUAGAUACCCAAACACACGGCUAUCCCGAUACUCAUGCUAUAAUAGUAUAUAUGUACAUCUACACAUCUAUAAAUCUAUACAUCUACACAUUUAUACAGAGUCGAUAAUAUGAGCUUUGGAACUUCUGUGUUAUCGAAACUACGACUUGGCGAAGGCGGUAUGUCUACCUUGCUACCUCUGCAUACGUCUCCACCAUCGCGUCCGUCGGAAGAACAUGACCUGGCCGAACUCUCUCCUAGGGCCGACGAUGCGCUCCUCUCGCCAGGAUUCUCUCGCGAUCUGACUCCUGAUAGUUCCGGUGCCGAUUACCGAAAUAACGAUCGGAUCUCUGCGCGCUCCAAGGGCAAAGGCAAAGCUAUUGCCUUUGCCUACCAAGAUCGACCGGUAUAUUCGAAUUCUAGAACCCCCAAAUCUGGUGAUGACUAUACUUUUGCGACAGGUGGAAACCAGAAAGACCUUAAAGUGCCGCCUGGUAUUUGGCGGCCAAAGAUUCACACCGAACAGCGCGACAGUGGCCAUGCUACUACCGGCACUCCAACAUCUUUGGUCGAGAGUAUCUUUUUGGGCCGAUCUAGCCGAACCGAUCGAUCGUCAGACCGUAUAAUUUGUUCCGAAGUCGACAAUACAUUUAAAUUUAUGCAAAGGCGAGAACGUCAGAUACACAAGGAGCUUCAGAAGUUGCUAGAUGCCCAAGGCGCUGCAUUGGAACGGGAUCUUGGAGGAGGGGAUCUGAGGGAGGCCUCGUCUGAGAGCAGCAGUAAGCGAGAGCUAUCUCCAGUCUCGUCAACGUCAACUGCACAGCCAAGCUUAGCUGGGGGUUCCGUCGUGCCUGUUCGUCAGCCUAAAAGAAAACCGAUGUCUAAACGGCAGGCUCGUAACGGUAUAGCACGCUCUGUCACAAUGCUGGCCGACCUGAAAAACGAGGAGGACGCAUACAUCGCCGCCGCGUUAGCUAGUCGAAAGACUGCCCUGUCUAAAUUGCGUAACUUGUCAUCUCAGCAUAAGUCUAUUACAGCAGAGAUGAAGGCCCUGGAGGAAGAUGACGAUCUACCGAUUAGAACCGAAAUACUGGCAAUGGAGGACAAGCAUCGCACUGUUUCUGCUAACAUCGAAAAAUUAGAAGAAAAGCUCCGAGCCUUGAAAAGAGCCAAGAUCGACCUGGAACGUAGGCUCGAAGAGGCAAGGAGCACUCGAGACUCUAGCCUCAGUGGAUACAGGGGCGCCCUAAAGCAGUGUGACCAAGGAAUUGUUAGCCUUAUGAAAUAUCCAGGCAUACAAGUACUGGAAGUUGAGGACCUGAAGGAGCAAGGGGGUGGGGACUUGAUCGCGCUCACGUCGAAACACAUGUCUGGUGUUGAGUUCCUUUCGCUACGGCCAGAAAGGAGGACAGCUGAGAUGGCCAAGGAUUGGUGGGAAGGCGAAGUGUCCAUCCUGGAACUGCGUAAGGCCGCUGUUGACAAGGAGCGAACCGCCUUGGAAGAAGGUAAUGAGAUAUGGCAGCAAGUAUUGGUCCUCUUAGUCGAUUUCGAGACUCGAUUAAAUGAGUCGCUUCAAGUUGCUACAAAACAACACGACUUCGAAUCAACUAACCCAGGCUCUAUCCUACGCAACCAAUAUAAGGAACUUCAGAAGACACUACGCGAAUUACAGAAACUUCAAGACUAUGUUGAGACUCGGGGGUGGAAUCUCCUAAUCGCCGCUAUCGGUGCAGAGCUUGCGCAUUUUAUCGGGCUGAAGGACUUUCUAGCAGAUGUCAUCCGUAGCUCCGGAUAUGACGACGGAACACUCACACCAAGCACACCCGAUGGCACUGAUCUAGUCGACGUCCAUGAGAACGACCAAUUGGUCACGGACGCGCACACACAAUCACCGGAAGACGAGGAACUGAGUCGUAGCGUAGUCCGGCGCUGGGAUGGCGUCGACGAGCAGCAGACCCGCGGUAGCCCGCCCGUAGACCUUCGAGGCGGCGCGCUGCGCUCCGAAGAAAGUGACAACGAGGUGCCACCUGGUCUCUUCAGCGAGAUACGUCACAACGAGAGCGAAGAUGAGAGCCACAACGACAUUCCGGACGAAUUCCUGUCCAUGCAUAGCCCUCCGCGACGGGAUAAUCACCUGAGAAGGGAGAGUAGCGAGACAGAUAACGCGGUCCCACCAGACUUACUAGCCGAGACUCGGAGGGACGACGAUGAUACUGUCGAUUAGGUCAUCAGGCAGCUUCUUAAACGCAUGUAGGUAGCACGUGGAUAUCCCAAUCGGCGUUUAAAGCGAGUUUGGUCUUCGGGCUAUAGCGAAAUAUAUGAAUUAGAUGAGGGUUAGGUGGAAGUUUCGUCCGCAUGUAUAAGGGCUUGGUAUACGGGAGCGGAUUCCACGAUGGGUCAUGGCAAGAUGCAAUGGGGUUGAGGGCCGCUAAGGUUAUUAUAGAGUUUUGCCACAACCGCCCUCUUGCGUAAGGCGUUA